GGUAAUAUCAUACCAAACUUAAUGAACAAUGUUUCGAGCGUAUGGAAAUAAUGGAUUGAAAAAUCCAGAAAGAAUUUCUGGUGAGAAUCCAGAUCUUUAUACGCAAACAAGGGCUGCUGUUCAACAACGAGCGACUACCACUCUAAAAAGAAACGAAAAACAGAAACUCGCCGUGCAGAAUGACUCUGUUUUUCAGCAAGUUGGAAUUGGAGAAUCUGAUAGUGAUGACGAUAAUGGUGGUGUUCGGAUUAGAAUGAGCCCCCACAGGUACAUUGAUCCAGAUGAUGUUUUCACUCUCCCAGAGGUGAAAAAGCAAAAUGCCUUGAGAGACGCGAAAAUUGCGGCCCGAGCAGCUCAGGCAACUGCUUACAAUACAUUUCCGUCCGUUAAAAGCUUAAAUGGUUGCCAAGAUCCACCAGAAACAAGUCAACAAUCCACAAGUCGUAAACGUUCAGCAAGCAACAGCAGGAGUCCAUCGAGAUCUCACAGUCGCCGAUACGAUCGGGAUAAUGGCAGGCAACGCAGCAGGAGUCGUGAAAAGAAGAGAAGAAAGAAGGAACGCAGACGAAAAAGAUCCAGUAGCCGAAGCUCUAGUUCAUCUCGUUCUCGGGAUAGGUCAUCUCGUGCUCGGGAUACGUCAUCUCACACUUUAAUGAAAAUGAACAAACCUGCAAAAUAUGCAUUUCUCACCGAUGAAGAAUAUCGCACGUGCGAUGCGUACAUUUCAUCUGCGUUUAUUACUCAAACUAAAAGUGAUUGUGAAAACUAUACGCAAGGAGUUCCGAAGAAAGAAAUUGCCAAGUGUCGAUUGAGUGUCAAGUUUAUUGUCGGUUUGGAGCAUAACAAUAUUCUGUUCAACAAUAUUUAUGGAGCGGAAUAUGCCAGAGACAAGGAAAACCGCCCAUUCUGGGAGCAGCUGGAUAGAUACUUGAAGGAUGUUCCGAAAGAGACAUUCUUUCGAUAUGUGCCUCCAGUCGGCGGUUACUGGAAGAUUCGUGACAGAGUUGAUUUAUUAAAUCUUGAUCACAUUGACGAUGAUGUUCUAGCAAACGAUUCGGAUAAUCGAAAAGAUGCGUUCACAUUUGAGCUCGAACAGGCGAAGAAAACAUUUUCCGAAAAUGUUCAUAACAUUGAUGCUCUAAUCAAAGUAAUUUCAAUGGAAGAAGAAAUGUGUCGUCGGAAUGUUGGAAGUUUCUCCAGUUCAAAUCCAGCAGCUCUUGCCGAACGUCACCAGGAAAUGGUGAAAAAAGCCAUUAAAGCCGACGGUAGAAAUGCAAAACUUCGAUUGAUGAAAAUUGAAUUACUCAUCAAAAUGGAUCCCAACUCUCCUACUAUUAUUGAUGACUUCAAAAAUCUUACCAUCACAUUUCCACAUGAACCAAUGGUAUGGAUCAAGUAUUUGGACUAUAUACAAUAUGAUAGCAAUGUGUACAAUUACAAAAAAUUGAAGAAUGCAUUCGAAGAUUGUAUCCGACAAGUGACUGGAUUGACAAAUGGAACACUUCUUUCACAUUUGAAUGCUGUUAACGAUAGACCAUUGCUUAGAAUGUUCCAUUUAUGGAUUUAUAUUCGUUAUUUGAAGUGGAUGAUUUCCUGUGCACACACGCCAGUGGUACUGGCAAACAUACAGGCCACUUUUGAAUACAAUUUUGGACUCGCUGAUGUUGAAAAGCGGACGAGCACUAAUUCAAAAGAACGGGAAGUCAGAUUGGAGGAAUUCUGGGAAUCUGGUCUUCCGCGAAUCGGCGACGAAGGUGCUGUUGGUGCAGAGAAGAUGCUUAAACAAUCGGAAGAAUUAUCUGAUGAAGAUAUUCAGAAAUUGGAAAAUGAUGAUUUUGAUAUUCUUAUUUCACGCACCGAGGAAACAAUAGCGACGUGUCUUCAAGCUCAACGGGACGUGCAGAUUUCGUGGAUCGAAGUUGAACGAGAAAUGAUGAACAUCGAUGCUCGCGUGAAACGGACGAAACUGAAAGAUUGUGAACUUUAUGAAGAUCAUGUGGACGACUUAGAGACAUGUGAACUCUGGGACAUCAUUCCUUUUGAUAGAAUUCGAUAUUAUGAAGCACCAGGCGAUUGUGCUAAUUUCGAUUUUGUACAACCUUUUUUGGAGUUGCUCGGCGUCAAAUUUUUAAAUUCGACGAACUGCUUCACAACAACCGAACAAAUCAUUUCUGAUUGGAUUUCUAAUGAUUCUACUGUUAACUUCUACAAAACUCCGACUUAUACCGAGAAAAAGUGCUUUGAAGUUGGAAAUAAUAUUCUGAAGUUUAUGCUUUACAAUCGACUCAAACUGACCGAAAACAAUCCUGAAUACUUGGAUAAGACUAUGGUGAAGUACUUGCUGGCAAUGCUCGUCACCGAAGCUUCGGAACAGGAGAAGAAAUUGAAUUUCCACAGUUUUAAACUGAAUCUUAAAAACUUGGUUGGAACAUUCAUCACUAAACAUCCAGACAUUUUCAAGCGUGCCAUGCUGAGUAAGAUCACAGGAAUUGUCUACAUGGAAAAGUUUGUGUCUUGGUGGGAGCGUGCACUGAAAGAACAGGAAAAAGUAGUGGAAGCUGACGAGAGAAGGAAGAAUUAUAAAGAGAUCAAGAUGGAGGAAGGCGUCGUAGAUGAUGUUAAAUUCGAUGUCAUAUUGUUAAAGAAAGACAAAGAACGAGUGCAAACAAUUCGUGAUAAGAUUAGGGAUAUGAUUGAUAUAGCUAUCCCCAAAUCAACAGAAAAGCUCAUUCAGAGCGCUGAUUCUUCAUUGCCAACGCUUCAAUUACAUCUUUAUGCCAAUGUUCUACGUGGAAGACUUUCUAUUCUAAAUCAAAAUGCUUUAGAAGAGACUCGAGAUGUUUUCUGUAAAGAGAUUCUUGGAAUUCACACUUCGGAAUUUGAAAGUGAUGAAGCUCUCUUAUUGGCAUUGGAUCAAGGAUUGAACGAAUUGCUGGAGCAUUGCAAGGAGAAGGACAAUCUUGAAUCGGUCGACAGUAUACCAGAAUUACCAAGAGCUGAGGCACUGUGCGAAGCUUUGAAAGUUGUGGCGGUAUUUGUUUUCUUGGACAAGAUGGCAUUCAGCAGGCGUGCAGUCGACUGCCUCAUUGCCAACGCGAUCACCAAAUUCGAGCAAUUUGAAGCCAAGAAAAAUGAUUUCAAUCGUGGAACUUAUGAAAAAUACUGUGAUCAGAUCGAUUUGAAAUUCAUCACGGACACUCUCAUAACCUUCUUUUCGCACAAAAAACACCGUUUCAUCUACAAUGAAAACUUCAAAAAGUUGAUCUUCCAAGCAUCGCAAGCGUUCCCAUGUGAUUCGAAAUAUGCGAAGAUGCUCGGCGAGCUGCAUUCCAGCGGUCGUCUGCAAGUGAUGAAGCUUCAAGGAUUCACCGACAGCAGAAAUAGUAUUUUGAAUGCGAAACGAGAUCAGCAAUUUGAUCCAGAACUUGAAACUCGUCUUCUCAUGAACUCGUUGACUAUUAUGUUCUCUUGGAUGAAUGCAGCCAACCGGAUUGGAGACGCCGGAAAUCAAAUCCUCUAUAAAAAUUGGAAACGAGAAGCAGCUAAUACACGUGAUCCGGCUAUCUGGAGACAAGUUAUAAGAGUUGCCAGUAAAUUGUCACAGAAGAUUCUAAAGGACGAUGCUUACACUCGUGCAAGAGGUCAAUGUACAUGGGCUCUCAAUUUGCACUUUGAUUAUAUUGAAGCAAAAACUGUCCGCAAGAAUGGAGAUCUAAUGGAGAUGAUCUACCUCAUUCUCGAACAAAGCAUGGGACAAGAGCAUAGUUUAUUUGUGACCGACGAGGAAUACAUGAAAACACAGCAGGAAAUUGGACUACAGUAUUCCGAAUCCGGACGUUGAUUCUCUCUUUUUUGUGUAACUCGGCCUAUAACUUUUUUAAAAAUCCAUUCCAUAUAAUUAUCCACCGGUAUUCAUUUCAUCCCAGGAAUCUUUCUUUCUUUUGUUCUUUCUAUCCGACAGAUUAUGUUUAUUUUUGUAUUAUAAUUCUUCUGUCUUUUCGCAUUUUUUGUUUCGGUAAAAAUUUUUUGUUUUCAACAAUGAAAAUAUUCGUUU